AUGGAACUCGCAGUAGAACUUGAAAAGAACAAACGUCAAUUCGAGAACGGUGAAAUCAAUGAGGACAAAUUUCAUGAACGUCGAAAGUCGAUAUUAGAGAAAUGGUCAAGCGGGUCAGGCCGAUCAAUGAAAUCCAAAGAAGUUGAACUCUCUCAUACUGAUCGUAAACCAAAGGAAACGGACUUAUACGCAAUCCUCCAGUUAGAACCAAACGCAACUGAAGCCGAAAUUAGAUCAAGCUAUAGGAAACUUGCCCUAAAGCACCAUCCAGAUAAGAAUAACGGUAUUGUAACCAAAGAGUGGAAAAAGCUUUCAAGAGCAUAUGAAAUCCUCUCGGAUGCGAACAACCGCUAUUUAUACGAUAACUACGGGGCGAUUAAUAAUUCUUUAUCAAAUAAAACGUCACUCAACGUAUACGUAGGAGGAGAAUUAUGGAAACCCUACAUCGGUAACCUAGAACUUGGCAUUUGGUUAUUUUCACUUAAAAACCGUGACUCAUCCGAACAAGAAAAGUUAACUUCGGCUGAACAGAAAGAACGCCGCCACACCAUUCGCGUAUCCAGCAUUGUCAGUCACCUACAAAACAAACUAUCUCAAUUCCCGAAGCAACUAGACAAUCCUCCAGAACUUGAAUCAUUUGUAGAAAGACUCUACCAAGAGGCUCGAAAUCUUUCUGAAGAACCUAAUGGCAAAGAACUUUUAUCCUUAAUAGGCGAAAUCUAUGUUUCUGAGUCACAAUUCAUUUCAGGCAAGCCUUCCGGCAUUUUUCAGAAGGCUAGGUUUGUGAUAGACUUGAUCUCUGGAUAUUUAACAAUCAAAACUAAUGGUAGUAAACCUAGUCUUGAAGAGGCUAGUAAAAUAAUUUGGAAACUUUCCCGCUCAGAACUAUCUUCCAUCGUGCAUGAAACCUGUAGCAUAGUCCUUACUGAAAAGAGUCGCAAUGAAGAUGAAAGAUGUCAUCUCGCCAACUCUCUGCAACUCCUAGGUAAAGUAUGGCUGGAAGUAAGCAGGAUGUAG